GGAGGGCGGAGCCGCGGGCCAGGCGGGCAGGUGCGCGCGGGCCAGAGGGCGGAGCCGCGAUGCAGCGAUGGAGCGCUGCCCGGGCGGGCGCCGGGGCCGGGGCCCGAGCACCGGGCGGAUCGCAGGCGGGAGCCGCAGCCAGAGCCCGGACCAGGCCGGGGUCCGGGACCGCAGGGCCGGGCUGCUCGUAGCGGUGGCAACGGAGCCCCCCAGCGGCUGAGGGGCUACCUCCCAGUUCCUGCCGGUGGCCCGGACUCGGCAAGCCCCCGCAGCCGGGGAGCGCGGGGAUCCCCCCCCACCUCCAGGACCCAGAGACCCCCAAGAAAGCGGGAGACCCCUCCAGAUCCAGCAGAAAGCGGCCCCCCAGCUGGGGAAAGCGGAGACUUCCUCGGUAUUCAGAAGAGAGUGACCUCCCUACGGUACGGCUAAGACUCCCCCUCUUCGAUCUGGCCCCCCCAAGACCUAGAACGCAGUGACCCCCCCCGUCCGGGAUUGCUGGGACACCGCCCCCCGCCCGGUCAAGAACCUGGUCGUUACAACUCCACACCUCAAGACACGAAGACCCAGCUCAGAACGCCCCUAGAUCAGGGGGUUCCUACACCCCCCAAAUUCCGGUAACAGGAACCCCAAAUCUAGGGAACUGAGGACGGCGCGAGAGCUAUCCCUCACCAGCAGGAGGCCUCGGGGCCCCCCCUCUAAGCUCCAGGACUCGGGCGACUGAGCCCCUCGCGGCGCCCUUCGCAUCCCAGCCUAUGGUUGUGGCGCCCUGAGCCCCCCCGGGCCGGGCGGACGGAAACCGACACGGCGCCCAGGCCCCCCGCCGCGGCGUCCCCGCGGCCCCAGCCCAGGGAGAAGAUGAGCGUGGGCUGCCCAGAGCCCGAACCACCCCGCUCCCUGCCCUGCUGUGGGCCAGGGACUGCCCCUGGGCUGGGUGCAGGCGUGCCCCUCCUCACUGAAGACAUGCAGGCACUGACCCUCCGCACGCUGGCCGCCAGUGAUGUGACCAAGCACUACGAACUUGUCCGGGAGCUAGGCAAGGGCACCUACGGGAAGGUCGACCUCGUGGCCUACAAGGGCACAGGCACGAAAAUGGCGCUGAAGUUUGUGAACAAGAGCAAGACGAAGCUGAAGAACUUCCUGCGGGAGGUGAGCAUCACCAACAGCCUCUCCUCCAGCCCCUUCAUCAUCAAGGUCUUUGAUGUGGUUUUUGAGACAGAGGACUGCUAUGUCUUCGCCCAAGAGUACGCGCCCGCGGGGGACCUGUUCGACAUCAUCCCUCCUCAGGUGGGGCUCCCCGAGGACACGGUGAAGCGCUGCGUGCAGCAGCUGGGCCUGGCCCUGGACUUCAUGCACGGGCGGCAGCUGGUGCACCGCGACAUCAAGCCCGAGAACGUGCUGCUGUUCGACCGCGAGUGCCGCCGCGUGAAGCUGGCCGACUUCGGCAUGACGCGCCGCGUGGGCUGCCGCGUGAAGCGGGUCAGCGGCACCAUCCCCUACACGGCGCCCGAGGUGUGCCAGGCGGGCCGCGCCGACGGCUUCGCGGUGGACACGGGCGUGGACGUGUGGGCCUUCGGCGUGCUCAUCUUCUGCGUGCUCACCGGCAACUUCCCGUGGGAGGCGGCGUCGGGCGCGGACGCCUUCUUCGAGGAGUUCGUGCGCUGGCAGCGGGGCCGCCUGCCGGGGCUGCCGUCGCAGUGGCGCCGCUUCACGGAGCCCGCGCUGCGCAUGUUCCAGCGCCUGCUGGCCCUGGAGCCCGAGCGCCGCGGCCCGGCCAAGGAGGUCUUCCGCUUCCUCAAGCACGAGCUCACGUCCGAGCUGCGGCGCCGGCCCUCGCACCGCGCGCGCAAGCCCCCCGGGGACCGGCCGCCCGCCGCCGGGCCGCUGCGCCUCGAGGCGCCCGGGCCGCUCAAGCGGACGGUGCUGACCGAGAGCGGCAGCGGCUCCCGGCCCGCGCCCCCCGCCGUCGGGCCCGCGCCCGCGCCCGUGCCGGUGCCCGUGCCCGUGCCCGUGCCCGUGCCCGUGCCCGUGCCCGAGGCCGGCCUGGCGCCCCCGGGGCCCCCCGGCAGGACCGACGGCCGCGCGGACAAGAGCAAGGGGCAGGUGGUGCUGGCCACGGCCAUCGAGAUCUGCGUCUGAGCCGCCUCCGCCGCCCUCGGGGCCGCGCGCCGUGCUCGCCCUGGGCCGGGCCGCCGGGAGCCGCCCUGGGCCCGCGCCCAGCCGUGGCGGGGCGGGGGCCGCGGCGAAUCCCACCGCCCCCCCCUUCCGCGGCGGCGGGACGGAGUAGCGCCAGGCAGGGCGGGGCGGCGGGCCCGGGCGUCCGUGCGGGGCCGGUGCGGACACAGCCACCGAAAGACCUCUUGCCCCGCCUGUGGGGCGGGGGCUUGGCCCUCGGGAGCCGAGCCCCGCAGACCCGCGGAUUCAGAGGCCCCCCUCUUCCCCGACACCCGGAGCAAGGGAGCUUGCGGGCAGACUCCCCCCCCAUACACACACACACCUCCCGAACCCUGGAACCCCGACUAGUUGCUCCUGGCCCUUUGCAACCCCUGGCAGACCGACCCGCCGUGCCACCGCGGGUCCUCCCUCCUGGCCGCCCCACCCUGCGCCCUCCCCCCAGUACGCGCUCGGGCACAGAAGGGGACGGAAGUGUUGGGGCGGAGAAGGGGCUCCUUAGGGCCCUCGAGCGCUGGCUGGGGGAGGGCGAGGAGCUGAGGGCGGGGUGGUAUUCAGCGGCGCCCUGCGCUUUCCUGGGACGCUGGAGCGGAGAGGCCAAGCCUCCUGCAAAAUGUAGCAAAUGCCUGGAUGUGGCAAAACUGUGUGUGUGUGUGUGUGUGUGCGUGUGUGCGUGUGUGUGUGUGUGCGCGCGCGCAGGCAUAGGCCCCGAAGAAUCCAGAGACCCCACAACCCAUUCCCCUGAGGUGAGGACACUGAGCCCAGAAGGAGGGCAACUUGCGCCCAGCCGCACAGAGCCCUGCGAGAUGGAACCUGGAAGCCCUGUCCCCUCCACCCAAGGAAUUGUCCUCCAGAUUCGAGGAGGGGAGGGCUGCCGGGCGGGGCCGCGACCGCCCUGCGAACCCGGGACUCCGGGAGUGAGUGCAGAGCCCAGGGGCCGGCCCAGCUCCCCCUGCUGGCCUCACCGUCACCAGGCCGGGGAACCUCAGACCCCCUCCCCCUGGCUCCCU